CGAUCUGUGCGGUAAAAUCCAAAAUUGUUAUGGAGUAUCCCCCAAAAGGAAAUGUCAUUGCUUUAAAUUUUGCUGAUCAAGCCCGCGCCCUUCAUCCUACUGAACCUGAAUGGAUAAUCGUUUGGCUAAAAGCUAAAGGAAGAGUAAGGCGUUAUGGCCAAUCAUUUGCAAUGCCAGGGGAUGAUGAAAUAGAUGCCGCAAAAAUGUUAUGCUCAAUAAAAAGGAAUCCUAGUCAUUUAAUUAGAGCUUCUCAACUAUAUAAUGAAGCAGGAUAUAUUAAUAAAUUGAAAAACAACCAUAAUGAAUCGACUAAAUUUUUUAAGCUUUCGUCUGACAUCAUUAAAAUAUCAAUUGAAUUGGUCAACGAUGAUGUAAAUCAACUAAAUUCUCUUCUCCUAACAUGUAUCGAAUGUCCUAAUGAGUGUUUUUCAUCAUCCAUGAUAGAAAAUUUAGUUACAAAACUGUCGAGUGUAAAAAAUAGUUGCGUGGAUCAAGUUUUAGGCCUUUAUUAUUUAAAAUAUGAAAAGGACUAUGUAAAAGCAAAAAUGUAUUUAUCUCGUGGAAUGGCUGCUGGCCAGUUUAGUAGUUCGAUGCAGUUAAUUAAAGUAGAGUGCCUGUUGCAACCAGUUAACCAAUUUCCUUUUGUGAAAACACUAAGUAUGAUGUAUGAGGUUUUUCAAAACCCAAAUAGAAGGCUAAUAAUAAUUUCACAAAUAUUGUUAUAUUACACAAUAAUAGAAAAUAAUCCUAAACAAAUAUUGUGGUAUCUAAAAUUGUACCUUGAUGAAGACAUUGAAGAUACAUUUAAAAAGCGUAAUUUAAUUUUUACUCGUCCACUCUUUUAUACAGACAGAUAUUGCAGACCAAAUAAAUUUCUGAAUGAACUAUCUGUAAAUCUUAAAAAAAUAAUGAACAAUAAUGACCUGAGUAAAGAAGAAAAAAACACAUUUGAUCGGUUCAAUAAGAUAUUAAAAUUGAAUAUUGAUGACAAUCAUUUUAAUGAUAAUAAAACCUUUGUUCCUAAAAACAAUGAUUCUUGGCGGAAAAAACGAGUUGAUUUGUCAGAAAAAAAGUGUAAUGAAAGUCAUCAACAGAAAAAUGAGUCUUGGAGAAGAAAGAGAGACCCAAAGCCAUGAAUAAUAUGUCAAUCAUUUAGGUAUCUGAUGGGUGAUAUAAAAAGAUAAUUUUUAUGAUUAAUUAAAAUGGGAUUCUUCAUUAAAAUAUUAAAAUUUGCAUAAAUUGGUUUAUAUUUUACAAGACUAUUUACCUAUUGUAUCUACUAUGUUUUGUUUAAAAUUUUAAAAUAAAAAUACAAGGUCUCGAAUG